AGGCUUGUCGAUUGCCAGAGUUAGGAAACGUGGCCUUAGCAAAGGAGAAUCCAACAUUAGUAGAAACGAGCUGUCUUGAUAGCAGGCAAAUAGCGUACACGACUCCGUUGGGUUGGUGGACAACUUGCAAACAUGGCCGAUGUUAAUCAAGGAUCGGUCUUACCUAGCGAAACUUCACCUCCCGCUCUGGACGGACUGAAUGUAACCGACUCAAAUGGUACCGACGCUGUCAACGCGACAGUGGCCAAGUUUGUGGCGACACCGGAGGGAACAGCACUGGCAUAUGGCAGCCUUGUGUUCAUGGCCCUGUUGCCCAUCUUCUUCGGUGCACUGCGGUCCGUCAGCUGCGGCAAAAGCAAGAACUCCUCAGACAUGCCAGAGACCAUCACAGGCAGAGAUGCUGCACGGUUCCCCAUCAUUGCCAGCUGCACCCUUUUCGGCCUCUAUCUUUUCUUCAAAGUUUUCUCUCAAGAGUACAUCAACUUGCUGCUGUCAAUGUAUUUCUUUGUCCUGGGGAUUUUGGCACUGUCUCAUACAAUGAGUCCCUUCAUGAACAGGAUCUUCCCUGCUAACAUUCCCAUCAAGCAGUACCAGCUGCUCUUCACUCAGGGCUCGGGAGAGACCAAAGAAGAGAUUGUCAACUAUGAGUUUGACACCAAGGACAUGAUCUGUCUGGUCAUCAGCACUGUGGUUGGGGUCUGGUACAUCCUCAAGAAGCACUGGAUUGCCAACAACCUCUUUGGCCUGGCGUUCGCCCUGAAUGGGGUGGAGCUUCUGCACCUGAACAACAUCAGUACUGGCUGCAUCCUGCUGGGGGGGCUGUUUGUUUAUGAUGUCUUCUGGGUAUUUGGCACCAAUGUCAUGGUUACUGUGGCCAAGUCGUUCGAGGCACCCAUUAAGUUGGUGUUUCCCCAGGACCUGCUGGAGAAGGGUCUGGGCGCCAGUCAAUUUGCAAUGCUGGGCCUGGGAGAUAUUGUCAUUCCAGGUAUCUUCAUUGCUUUACUUCUCCGCUUUGAUGUCAGUCUGAAGAAGAACACCAGGACCUACUUCCACACCAGCUUCCUGGCCUACAUCUUUGGCCUGGGCCUGACCAUCUGGGUCAUGCAUACCUUCAAACACGCCCAGCCUGCCUUGCUGUACCUGGUCCCAGUCUGUAUUGGAUUCCCAGUGGUUGUAGCUCUGUUGAAAGGAGAACUGACUGAGAUGUUCAGGUAUGAGGAAGUGUCUGCUGAAGAUGCUGCUGCUGCUGCUAAAGAAGAGACUACACAGGUUGAGAAAAAAGACAAAUGACGACAAAGGUCCUACAAGGUCGUCCAUCACUCUCUGGCACCACGUUCACAGCAGCCCUCCUCUCUAUACACAUCCUAGAAGGGUGUUCAUGUUUCCCAGGAGUUCUGUGCUGUACAUGGAAGUGGAUCAUUUGUAUUAAAUAUCUGUUAUAACAUUGGGAAAUGUUGUAGUUUAAGUGUUUUGUAAAACAGCUUUUUGGUGCCUAUGUUUUCCUUGUUUUGUAUUCCUUUCCCUUUUGCAUUCUCAUAUGAUAUUUCUUGUUUCUAUUUCAUUUGAUUCGCCAGUAUUUUAAACUCAUAUGCUUUACUAUUUUCUUUUUGGGUAAAUCUGAGAUCACAGGAAGCUGAACAUUUUAGAAAUUGCUCUCGGAGUCUCAGAUAACGGUGGUUUAGUUUGGUUUCUGUCCAGUCUUGGUUUGCUAUAGGAAUCCCUUCCUCAUCGAGAAUGAAACAUCAUUGGACGAUGUGAAGGAGGCUGGAGAUGAGUCUACGAUUGUCAUACACAUGCUUUAGAAGGAACUUCACCUUUGCUACUGUCCUCUGGCCUGGAAGUAGGCCUAAAUACCUACCAUUCUCAAGGUAUAAUUGUGCCAAUUUGGUAGUGCAUGUAAUUACAUGCCGCCUGACUUGUUGACCAGUGUAACGGUAAUAAUAGCUUAGAAUUCAGAUCAGCUUAUUUCAGGAAGUAACUAAACUGUGCAAUCAUGAUAUCACAUUUUGAUAUUUGUAUGGACAUUUGCUAUGACACAAUGAGAUUUCUGAGAGUCAUACUCCGCCAUACUCAGUCAUAUCUAAUCAGAUGAGUCUGUUGUAUGGAAAUAAUGUAUUAGUAUAGAAGUGGGUUAUGUCCUGUGCAGUGACUGAGAGGUACCUGCAGACGGAGACCGUGUCGACAGAACCAUAUCUCCUAGGAGAGAGGAGACCCAGGGGAUCAAAUGAUUCCUCUUGCUUUAGGUUGGGAUUGUGCGGCUUUGAUUAUGUAUAAGUUCUGUCCUUUUGCAGAAUGGAGCAGUGUGUUUCAGGCCCAGAUAGAAGGGGGGGGGGGGGGGGGGCUUUUUCAUGUUAGGGAUUUAAGAUUGAGCAAUUCUGUAGUAAUGUGUUUAGGUGAAGAUCAUGCUCUGCCUGGUGAAGUUCAGUAACCCUGCUAUCGUUUCCAAUAAAUAUACUUUUUUUUUCUCCUAUUCUACUUGUGUAAUUCAAAGUUUAUUAUGAGCCUUUGUUUAUGAGCUGAUAUCUAUUUUUAUUUUCAAUAAAUGUUGGUGUAUAUCACCGUAGAGAAGCAUAA